UAUCAAAAACAAACUAAAACUAUAGUUUUCCUGAGUCAUUCCUUCCUUCUUUAGCUGCAGUUGCAUGCAGACUUUGCUGAAGUGAUGCUUUUUUGUCUCUGAUUAUAAUUUCCUCUACAAAAACCUCCCUCCUUUGUGUAGUUUGUGAAUUCUGUUGAACGGUUUCUGACUGUUAACUUGCUUUUUGAAAUGUUCACAUAAUCGUGUGCAGGAAAAAGGCAGUUAUGGAUACACUUCAGGGUACAAAUCCCAUACUACUGGGGUAAUGGAGCAUUUCUAUGAGGUAUAAUCUGGAUUUAAAUUUAAAGUAGGUGCACAUAGCAUGCGGUGUAAAUAUAAAGCUGUUGGUCUUCAUUAUUGAGUUUAUUAUCAGUUUCCAUCCUGUCAGAUAUCCUCAUGAGGCAAUCUCUCUCUGUUUGUGUGUUUGCAUGUGUGGUCAGUAAACUCCCCUAAGACGUGGCCCUGUGUGACUCAAUUUGCCUGAAGAGAGUGCCAAUCCAAAGCACCAGCAAAUUUACACUGGCAUGAUUCAAGGAUAGCAAUGGCUCCUGAAGGCUCACGUAUCCAAGAUGACCCAGAUGUCAAGGUGAUGAUGGCAGGGUCAACUCUGAGGAAAGUAAAGUCCCGCUCAUGGAAGAAGCAGCGGCAUUUCCGCCUCCUGGAGGAUGGCAUGACAAUCUGGUACAAGUCCAGAUGGGCGGGCAGAAGCCACUCCACCUUCUCAGUGACUGAUGUGGAGAUGGUGCGAGAGGGCCACCAGUCCGAGGUCCUGCUGAGCACUGCUGAGGAGUUCCCUGCUGAGCUCUGUUUCACCUUGGUGUUUCACGGUCGCCAAGGCAACGUGGAUCUCGUGGCCGACUCACCAGAGGAGGCCCAGGCCUGGAUUCAAGGAUUGCGCAAGCUUAUACACAAGGCUCAAACGAUGGAUGAAAAGGAGAGGCAGGACCAAUGGGUCCGGGACUGGUUUCAGAAGGCUGACAAAAACAAAGAUGGGAAGAUGACUUUCAAAGAAGUGCGGACACUGCUGAAGAUGAUGAACGUAGAGAUGAAUGAAGAACAUGCUCUCCAUCUCUUCACAAUACUGACUCAGAGGGAUGAAGUAUGGAAGGUGUUCCAGGACUACUCUGGAGAUGGAGAGAAGCUAAUGUUAGAUGAGCUGGAAAGCUUCUUGAGGAUGGAGCAGCAGGAGGGAGAGCAGAGUGCCCAGCAUGCCCAGGACCUGAUUGACUGCUAUGAGCCAUCUGAAUCAGCCAAGAAGCAAGGCGCCAUGUCGCUUGACGGCUUCCAGAUGUACCUGUGCUCCCGGCACGGCUCUAUAUUUAAACCUGAGCAUUGUGACCUAUACCAGGACAUGAGCCAGCCACUCAGCCACUACUUCAUCUCCUCCUCACACAACACUUACCUCCUGGAGAACCAGCUGCGGGGACAGAGCAGCCUGGAGGCGUACAUCCAGGCUCUGAAAAGAGGCUGCCGGUGUGUAGAGGUGGACUGCUGGGAUGGCAGUGACGGAGAGCCUGUUGUGUAUCAUGGUCACACUCUGACAUCCAAGAUUCUCUUUAAAGAUGUCAUUUCUACACUCAGAGAAUAUGCCUUCAAGACAUCAGACUUUCCAGUCAUCCUGUCCCUUGAGAAUCACUGCAGUGUAGAGCAGCAGACAGUCAUGGCUGAGCACCUUCGUCAGAUCUUGGGUGACACACUGUUGACCACCCUGCUGAAUGGACAGGUCCCGCAACAGCUUCCUUCUCCACAGGAACUGAAGGGGAAGAUUUUGCUGAAAGCCAAGAAGAUUGGUGGACUAGAAGUCUGUCCUGAUGAAAUCCUGACAGAUGAAGUUAGCGAUGAGGAAGAGAUGGCUGAUGGUGAUGUUGAGAGCCCGUCUCCUGAGUGUUUGAACCGGAAUGACAAGAAGUCCAAACUGUCAAGGCAGCUGUCAGACUUGGUGGUUUACUGCAAGAGUGUUCACUUCCAUGGCUUUGACCAUGCUCGUUUACAUGCCAAAUGCUAUGAGAUGUCUUCAUUCUCUGAAUCCAAGGCCAAGAGGCUAGCUAAGGAAGCAGGGACAGAUUUUGUGCAGUACAACACAAGACAGCUGACCAGGAUCUUCCCCAGUGGCCUGAGGACAGACUCCUCUAACUACAACCCACAGGACAUGUGGAACAUGGGUUGCCAGAUAGGGAUACCAUCACUGCCACCCCCACCUCCUCCUGCACGGAGGUUAGAGGUCAGUGUCAGAUACAGAACAUCACCCUCACAGCUGGGGGAGUUUGACAGGACGUCACAUGGCUUCAAACUGGUGUUGCCUGCUCUGGUGGCUCUGAACUUCCAGACAGCUGGUCUGGAAAUGGAUCUGAACGAUGGGCUGUUCAGGCAAAACAACUGCUGUGGUUAUGUCCUCAAGCCUGACUUCAUGAGAGACAGCAACACUCAGUUCAGUCCAGAGAAACCCGAGGAGCGGCAUAACUACAGACCACUCCGCUUAUCCAUACAGGUGAUAAGUGGGCAGCAACUACCAAAAGUGAAUCAGAAAGAGGGCUCAAUUGUAGACCCCCUGGUCAGAGUGGAGAUCUAUGGGGUGCCACAGGAACAGGCCAAAGAUGAGACCAGUCACAUUAACAACAAUGGUUUUAACCCAUUGUGGAAUGAAACUCUAAAUUUCAUCAUCCAUACCCCUGAGCUGGCCCUGGUUCGCUUUGUGGUGGAGGACUAUGAUAAGACAUCCAGGAAUGACUUCAUUGGACAGUUCACUCUUCCAUUCAUAUGCAUGCAAGCAGGAUAUCGUCACAUACAUCUACUCUCCAAAGAUGGAACAGCUAUUCCUCCUGCAUCCAUCUUUGUCAACGUCAGCAUUACAGAGCUCACAUGAACAAGUCAUAUCUGAGGAUAUGAAGCCAGAGGUGGUCGCAAGACCAAAGUCUACAAAAACCUGACAAGAAUAGUGAAUAUUUGAAUACAUCAGGGUUUGGGGUAUUUGCCUGGGUGUAACACUGAAUAGUUUCCAAAAGAUUAAACUAUCAAUUGGCAGUGAACAUGUCAGAAAUCAGGCUUGCUUUUUGAUUUGUAACAUUAUCUAUUUAAACAAAGAUGCUGGACUUUUCAAGUAAAAGGAUUUUAUUGAAAUUGAUUCAAUCAGGUACUUGGGAUCAUUAUUGACAAUGACAAAGCAAGGUUUGUCAUCUGCCAGGCCAAUCUAUGAAUUCAUUAAGUAAACAGAAAACUAGUAAGAAGAGUUCAUGUAAACUAUGGAAAGCUCUAAAGUUUAAAGUAACAUCUGCUGCCAUUUACUUCCAUUACAAGUUACAUUUUCAUUAAAGUAUUACUCACAAGCUUUUUAAUAUUUCUCUAGUACUGGAGGAAAAAGGAUUGCUGCAUGUGUCAAGUACCUAAAUAUGCCCGUUUACCCUUAAUUGUACUGUACAUCUGGAUGCAACAGUACCUGGGAAAUAACAAAGUGUCUGAUCCAGUUUAAAAAAUAUUACUGCCUAGUAUCAGCAUUGAAACCUAUUAUUGUAAUGGACUUGUGGCUUUGCUUCAUGUUUAAUCUAGAAUUUAGUGCCUGACUUUCUAUUUACUAAUGUUCCUUAAGGUAUGUUGUGUAUAAAGUAAAUGUACAGUGUGUGAAUGUAUGUAUAUGUAUAUAUAGGCCUGUAAAUAUGUACAUGCAAGACAUUUUCAGAACAGUUAAACAUUAUUGAAUAAAAUUAUACGCAAACAUAUUUGACUCAUUUAAUGUCCAAGUUCAUUUUGUCAUUGUAUGAAGUUUCUACGGGCAGAACAGCGGUUAGCGCUGUUGCCUCACAGUAAGAAGGUUCAAGCCCCAGCCAGCCUGGGAUUCUGGAUGUUCUCCCUGUGCCUGCGUGGGUUCUCACCGGGUGCUCCGGCUUCCUCCCACAGUCCAAAGACGUGCAGCUUA